AUGCGACAGGCGUGGCUGUCGCUUCAGCACAAUGAAAAGAACCAGAGAAUCGGGGCGGACACAGAUUAUUCGGAUGUUAUCCCACCACGCCAGCUUAGUCGCGAACAAGCUGUCUUGCUAGGAGCCAACGAAAAACAUCGCCGAGUCCGCACGUCGCUGAACGAGCUAUUCUUCGCUACUUACGAUAUUUUGGUUCACAGCCCUCAGUCCCACAAAGAUCUUGAACGAACCAAUCUCGCCACUCUCUACAAUCAAUUGCGCUCCGAAGUUUGUAGCAUACACGGGGUCAACGAACUCGAUGAAGAAGGCUGGGAGUACUGUCAAGGUCAAACAGUAUUCCGCGCCAUUCAUGGGAGAUACGAUGCGGGAUACUAUGCCUACAUCCUGGGUGGCUUGUUUGCGAUCAAUAUCUUCGAGACUGGGUUUGCAAGUGACCGCAUGAACGUAGAGAACGGGCGAAGAUAUCGUGAUAUGGUUCUUUGCAAGGGAGGAAGUCAACCAGAGAUGAAGACUCUGGCCUCAUACUUGGGCCACGAACCCGCCUCGGAACCAUACCUCAAAUGGCUCGGCAUAUAUGAGGCAGGAGAAUAG